GAACAGGCAGACCUCGUCGACGCCAUUCAUUGCAAUCUAAAGUAAUGAGUGACAAUUGCUGCUGGUGCAACUUCUCGGCGAUGCGCCUUAAAACGGGGGUAGUGGAUGACGACGACGUAGUAUUCUUCAACUAUCAGAAUAGUUAUGGAGAGACUCCCUAUUAUGUGGUACGCGAUCAUGAACGGAGGUCGAUCGUGGUUUGUAUCCGUGGCUCGAUGUCUCUCAAUGACGCGCUCACGGACUUCAACGCUACCCCUGCGCUAUUCGAGGAGAAUUCAGAACAUUGGUGUCAUCAAGGUAUAUUAUAUGCGGCUCGCUACGUCUACCAAGAAUUACAAACCAGACAACUUCUCGAGCAAGCUUUCGAUGGUUUUGAACGAUACGAUCUCGUAGUAGUGGGACAUUCCUUGGGGGCUGCUACGGCGGCCUUGCUGAGUAUCAUGUUGGCCCCCAGAUACGAGGCCAGGUUGAAAUGCUUUGCCUACAGCUCCCCGUCGGGUUUGAUGUCCGCUUCCCUUACUAAACGAUGCACUGAAUACUGCUUGUCCGUUGUGGUUGGCAGAGACAUAGUGCCCCAGCUAUCUGUACCAAAUUUGGCCCGGUUUCGAGACGAGAUGGUUGCGGCCGUGCAGCAAAGUACUCGACCGAAAUACGAUAUACUCGCAAAUGGUGUACGCAGUGCCAUCACUAGUGUUUUGACCAACCGCAAGACUUCUGAGAAUGAACUCGACUUGGAAGCUGGAGUACGCGAGCAGCAGCCCUUCUUAGCGUUGCCAGGGAUGAGUGAGUCCUCCACCACAGUGCGCAUGCCCAUGCCUACGUACGAAUACGAAGCAGAUGCCGUCAGUUGUCUGCCUGGUCGCGUAUUACAUCUUAUAAACGCGGAACCGCCGAAUGUAGCCACUGAGAUCAAGAAGCAGUAUGUCGCCUGCUGGCGGGACAAGCAGUUUUUUACCAGGAUCAUGCUGUCCACUGAAGCGAUAACAGAACAUAUGCCCGAUGUGGUGCAGAAUGCGCUGGAGGAUGUUUGCAAGGAUAUUUCGUUCAAAAGUGGUGUUCAUCUGUAGUAACUAAGCGACAACUUGUUGCGAGAACGACAAAGAUUUUAAGUGUGUCUCCAUGGUAGACAAAUGCCAAAAGUUCGAGUAGUCGCCAAUGAGACGGUUAGCAAUAAACAAUCCGAUAUAAUGUCG